AUGUUUAGACAGACUGUGCUUGCUGCUAAGAACAGGUUGCAGGUUUUAACAAGGGUGAUGAACCUCAGAGCCAGCAGACUCAUCGGGGCCCGGAUCUUUAACAACGGAAAGAGAAUUCUCGUUCCCCAAAUAACAUCUACCGCUAGAAAUUUAUCUACUAGAUACUCUCUGACCGAUGGAUUUGCGGUGAGGCCACUACUAUACUCUCUCGUGUCUUAUCGGAGUGGCUAUCGGGACGCCAAGCACAAUCCCAGACGGUCUCUGUGGUAUGCGUCUCCAUACAAGGUACCUAAACAACUACUGCAUCCCUGGAAUUUGGCGUUAGAUCCUUCAAGCCACCAUUUAGACCUCUCAUCGUGUAUUCGAUGCACCGUUGCAUCAUCGCAAGUGAGGGCGACCGCCAUUAAGAGUUUACUGAGAUCGGUAAAGGAUAUGAUAGAUAUCGAAAGGAACAAAAUAAACGUGUUCAACCUUAUGAAGAGAGACAGCACAGUCGGUGCCUAUGUUGAGUUCCUCAUUCCAUCGAUAGAACAACAACAGUUCGACUUUUUGAACGAAGCGACUCUGAUUGCGUGGAAGACUAAGAUUCAGUCUCUAGAUGCCCUACAAGCCAACAUCGCUAAAAUUUUGCAUAACUACGGAUCAUUGCCCAUUACAAAGUCCAUGAGCGGCAACAAACUACGAGUCCACUUCCCCAACCGGGACCCACAAGAAACAGAGUUGUUGAUGUCCGAUUUGGGCAUUGUGGAGGGAAUAGUGUACCCAGAUAACUCUGAAACUUUCCCGCUGUCGCGUUCCCCAUCUGUAAGUUCUCUGGAGGAAAGUUUAUGCAUUGUGGACCGUCGCCCGGAAUUUUCCCCAGUUUUAUCGGAUUGA